AUGGCUACAAUCAAUAUCUACUGCUACGUCCUUUGCAUUCUUCUCAACAUCACAGUUCGAAUCAAUUCUCAGAUAUGUGAGAAAACAGCUCAGUAUGGUGAAUGUUCCACAAACAGUGCAUGUGGAUGCUUUCAUAUGGCAGGUACUCAUGAUGAUACGGGCGUCUGUGGUUUUCUUUGGCCAAUAUGCUCCCGUCUUUUACGAUGCAAUUCAUCAGACCAUUCUUGUCUUCAACCAACCACAAUCUGUGUUCAACAUCCUCAGUGCGAUGAUUUUCCACUUUGCUAUCCAGUUACAAUGACUGAUCAAAAAAUGUGUCCACCAAUGAAAAAUAAGAUCAAUUUCAAAUGGAAACAAAAUGCCAUCACUGUGGCUGGUAGAAAUGGGGAAGGACAACAACUAAAUCAACUCAAUCACCCUUUUGGAAUCUCCAUUGAUAAAAACAAAAAUAUUCUCACUGCUGAUUACUUGAAUCAUCGUAUUGUUGAAUGGAAAUAUGAUGCGACGGAAGGACAAAUCAUUGCAGGUGGGAAUGGCAAAGGAGAUCGAAUGGAUCAAUUGAAUAAUCCAACAGAUGUAAUUGUUGAUCAACAAAAUCAUUCGAUCAUCAUUGCUGAUAAAGGGAAUAGACGAGUGAUUCAAUGGGUGAAUCAAAACCAACAAAUUCUCAUUAGCAAUAUUGACUGUUCGAGCUUGGCAAUGGAUAAAUAUGGAUUUCUUUAUGUUUCUGAUCUUAAGAAGAAUGAAGUGAGACGAUGGAAAAUGGGAGAAUACAAUGAAGGAUUUGUAGUGGCCGGUGGAAAUGGACAAGGAGAUCAACUCAACCAACUUAAUGUUCCUACUUCUAUCUUUGUUGAUGAAGAUCAAUCUGUUUUUGUAUCAGAUACAGGCAAUGCUCGUGUGAUGAAAUGGAGAAAAGAUGCAAAAGAAGGAAUUGUUGUUGCCGGAGGAAAUGGUGAAGGAGGAAAUCUCAGUCAAUUGCGGUCACCUCAAGGUGUAAUCGUUGAUGAUUUGGGUCAAGUCUAUGUGGCAGAUUAUAUGAAUGAUCGAAUAGUACGUUGGUGUGAAGGAAAAGAAGAAGGUGAAGUUGUUGUUGGUGGAAAUGGUAAAGGAAGUGGAUCAAAUCAAUUAUUUGGUCCCGUUGGUUUAUCAUUUGAUGUUGAAGAAAAUCUUUAUGUCAUUGAUAUUCACAAUCAUCGAGUUCAAAAAUAUUUAAUUGAUAUCUAA